UUCUCCACUCGUUUUCUCAUAGAUAAACAAUGAAGGUCACCGGAGAACGAAGAUACGCUCUCCUCCUAGCCGCCAGGGACUCAGACUACGUAAAGAAGGUGUACGGAGGCUAUUUCAACGUCUUCGUCGCCGCUUUCGGAGAAGAAGGAGAGCGAUGGGACUUAUUCAGGGUCGUCGACGGAGAGUUCCCGGCCUUGACCGAUCUCCACAAAUACGACGGAUUCGUCAUCAGCGGCAGCCCCCACGACGCCUACGGCAACGACCGCUGGAUCCUCAAGCUCUGCUUCCUGUUGCAGACGCUCGACGCCAUGGAGAAGAAAGUGCUCGGCAUCUGCUUCGGCCACCAGGUGCUGUGCAGGUCGUUGGGGGGCAAAGUCGGGAGGGCGUGCGGUGGAUGGGAUAUUGGGUUGAGGAAAGUGAAGAUCGAGAAGGAUUUGUUGGUUCACGUGGAAGAGAUCGAGGAAAUACCGUCUUCGUUGUCGAUCAUCGAAUGUCAUCAAGAUGAAGUGUAUGAGGUUCCGAUGGGAGCCGAUGUGAUCGCUUUCUCGGAGAAGACGGGGGUGGAGAUGUUCGGAAUUGGGCAGCAUAUUCUUGGCAUUCAAGGACAUCCCGAGUACACCAAGGACAUCUUGUUCAACCUCGUUGAUCGCCUUCUUAAUAACAACUCCAUCAAGAGAGAGUUUGCUGAGAAAGCCAAGAUUGGAUUGGAGAUGGCUGAACCAGACAGGAAGAGCUGGGGGAAAAUAUGCAGGAAUUUUCUCAAGACAACUCCUCGUUUCACCUUUUCUUGGUAAUGGCUUUCAUGUACUUUUUCCACACAUAGUUUGUAUUUUUUAUCAAUUCUUUCUUUUUUUUAAUUUCAUCUUUGACCUGAUGAAACGAAAUGAAAUUUUUCCUGCUUUCAUGUAA